CUUGCCGUACAACCGUCCACAGUCGGGUACUUUCGACAAAAUUAAAUAAUAAACCGGCAGUGAGAGUAUUUUGUGUUUUCGGUUCUGCUCCGUUUGUGGCGUCGUCGCUUUAGUUUAGAACUAGCAGUAGUAGUUUCGUGAGUACCUCUACCUAGCAGGAGCUGCAGGAAUAUUUAAAAAUGCCCAACUGUCCAAAGUGUGAGAAACCGGUUUACUUCGCCGAACGUAAAACAUCCCUUGGUAAGGAUUGGCACGCAGCAUGCCUUCGCUGCGAGAAAUGCAACAAGACCUUAACCCCCGGUAGCCACGCAGAGCACGAAGGAAAGCCUUACUGCAACAACCCCUGCUACUCAGCCAUGUUCGGACCCGGAGGUUUUGGACGUGGAGGAGCUGAAAGUUAUGUCUACAAGAAGUAAAUCGGGAGUGUCAGGAGUUCUAGAUUUUAAGACUAUUUUUGUAAUAAAAGUAUUAUAUUUUUUUCUUAUAUAAAUUUCUGAACAGGUACAAUAUGUUGACAAAGCAUUCCAUGUUUUUGUAUUCUUGUUUUCGGGAAUAAAGUUUUAUUUUAGUUUUA